GAUUGGUCCUCAGCACCAUGGACAGCGCCUUCAAUCUGUUUCUCUGCUCCUGAAGCCCGAGACAUAAACUGAUUUAGUGAUUUUGCUUGUGCUCCAAUUGACUGUGACAGUCAUAAAAUGGCACUCGCGUAAAACGGCAUAUUUGACUGCUCUUGAUUGAUAGCUGUAUUCCCCCGUCUCGCUAUUUUCAGUUGACUUGAUAGUGCCGCGUGGCUCAUUGCACGACCUGACAUCUUUAUUCAUAAAUAGUCCCCCAUUCACAUUUCUCUGACGUUCAUCAACCCUCUGACGAAACCUGCUGUUAUAAGAUUCACAGUAACUUUGGCUCACCCUGAAAUGCUCUGCCGUUUCUCUCCUGAGGCUCUGUGUUCCAUUAGUGGCAGUUCUGCGUCCGGUUGAUUCACGAAGAGAUACAACAACUUUAGCAGAAAAAGAUGAAUAUUCAUGUGGAAGGGUUGGUGGCAAUUGUCAUUUUCUACCUGCUGAUCCUUUUUGUGGGAAUUUGGGCAGCAUGGAAAAACAAGAAUUCCGGCGUGGUCGAGGGAACCGAUCGAAGCGAGACCAUUAUGGUCGGCGGAAGGGAUAUUGGAUUAUUUGUUGGCGCAUUUACCAUGACCGCAACUUGGGUCGGAGGGGGUUAUAUCAACGGCACAGCAGAAUAUGUCUAUCUACCCGGGUACGGCUUGGCAUGGGCUCAGGCUCCUUUUGGAUAUGCACUCAGCCUGGUUUUGGGUGGCCUUUUCUUUGCCAAACCCAUGCGCUCCCGGGGUUACGUCACCAUGAUUGACCCCUUUCAGCAACUGUAUGGCAAAAGAAUGGGAGGACUGUUGUUCAUCCCUGCACUAAUGGGGGAAAUAUUCUGGUCAGCCGCCAUCUUAUCUGCCCUUGGGGCUACGCUGAGUGUAAUCAUUGACAUUGACAUCAAUAUGUCUGUGAUCAUUUCGGCUCUUAUUGCCAUUUUCUACACGCUGGUGGGAGGUCUCUACUCAGUGGCCUACACUGAUGUUGUGCAGCUCUUCUGCAUCUUUUUAGGACUGUGGCUGAGCGUCCCUUUUGCUCUCUCAAACCCUGCGGUGUCUGACAUCGGAGUGACAGCAGUGAAGCAACUCUAUGCUAAUCAGACUGGGUGGCUUGGGAAGAUAGAGAGCGCAGACAAAUGGAUGUGGGCUGACAACUUUUGUCUUCUGAUGUUGGGGGGGAUUCCCUGGCAGGUUUAUUUUCAACGGGUUCUUUCUGCCUCUUCAGCUACCUAUGCUCAAGUCCUAUCCUUCCUGGCUGCCUUUGGCUGCAUCAUUAUGGCUGUUCCCUCUGUUCUGAUCGGAGCCAUCGGGGCAUCCACAGACUGGAACCAGACAUCCUAUGGACCUAAGCCUCCCAUGGAAAAGGACCAGGCUGACAUGAUCUUACCAAUUGUGUUACAGCACCUGUGCCCCACCUACAUCUCCUUUUUUGGUCUGGGGGCAGUUUCUGCUGCAGUGAUGUCAUCUGCUGACUCAUCCAUCCUGUCGGCCAGCUCCAUGUUUGCCAGAAACAUCUACCAGCUUGCUUUUCGCCAGACGGCUUCUGACCGUGAGAUUGUGUGGGUCAUGCGGAUCACUAUUUUUGUGUUUGGAGCUCUUGCGACAGCCAUGGCUCUCCUGACUGGUAGCGUUUAUGGUUUAUGGUACCUGAGCUCUGACCUGGUCUAUGUCAUCAUCUUCCCUCAACUUCUCAGUGUUCUAUUUAUACGUGGGACGAACACAUACGGCUCAGUUGCUGGAUAUAUUUUUGGAUUGAUCCUGCGUGUUGGUGGAGGAGAGCCUUAUCUAAAACUGCCUCCAUUCAUCUACUACCCUGGAUGGACCAUUGAGGAGAAGGUCCACCAUGUGACCCAUGAAGUGGAAUACCUAGUGAUGCAGAGGUUUCCCUUUAAGACUAUUUCAAUGCUGGCCUCAUUCCUGAGCAACGUGGCCUUCUCAUACCUCUUUAAGUACCUGUUUGAGAGUGGCACUUUAUCAGCUAAAUAUGAUUUCUUGGAUGCAGUGGUGGCCAAGCACAGUGCCGAGAUAAUGGACAAGACCACACUGGUGAACAGGAACAUCUUUGGGCUACAUGAAAUGGCCCCUGUCAAACCAAGGCUAAGUGUCACUUUAGCUGCUACCUUCACCAGGAAAGAAACCUUGACCGAAGAAGACGAAGACUCCAGCCCAGAGUCGCCCAGUCACGAAAAUGAAUAAAGGCCAAUUCUGAAAACAAUCCGUGGAGGUCAUCUCUCUUCCAUAAUGUGAAGGACAGUGUUUUACCCAAUAAGAAAUCUUAUGUUUUAAUGACUUAACAGACACAACAUUAUCUAUUUAUUUCAUGCUUUCAGGGGGGAGGAAAAUUAAGUUGGAACAGAGACGACAACAGCAGUGAUUCUGGUGGUUUGGGUAAAAAUAGGAUAACAUUUACAUUUAGGCAUUUAGCAGAUGCUUAUGUUCCAAAAUCUUGUUGGUGUGACCUGAGAAGCUCUUCAACUCCUGUUGGUAUGUACAAAACCUGUGUUAUUCUCCAUUCUUAAAAUGUCCAUAUACUGUGAUAAGAGCCAGAGAACUAUUAUUAUUAAUUUCUCUGAACCUGGAUACAGUCUGGUCCAGAUUUAAAAAAAUGUAACUAAAUGAUUACAGUAUAUCCGAUAUUGAGCCGAUAUAGAUAUUGAACAAACCAUAGUUGUAGGUUUAUGUGUCAGGCCAUUACAUGUGUCAAAAUCCAAUUAUAGGUAUUAGUGCAGAUAAUCCUAGUGCUGUCGUAAAGAUCUAAUGAAGCUCAACAGUUAUAAGCUGUUCCAUAAAUAUGUCAAUAUAACAAGUGAUGUGCUUCCCAUCUACAAAAUACCUUUAACUGUGACAUACCUGGAAAAUGUAUUUUUCAUAUUUGUAGUGCAAUAUUAUCAUGAGCAGGAAAUAGUGGAGAAAAUAUUUAAUCUUGUAAUCGCCUUAACUAGCUACAUUGAGUGACCAGACAUAAUUAUGCAAACAAAGUUUUUCACUUUGUUGUACUUGAAAUUGAAUGUUGCUGCAACCGAUUUACAACGUUUGAACAUCCGGGGUGUGUGCUGUGCUUUUUUGUGAUUUGCAAACUCAUACAUGUGUGUACAGACGUCAUUGUACCUGGUUCCAGGAUGAACCAGAUGCUGUGUUAUUUUGUUAGCUUUAGUGAAACUGGAUUUUGUGUAAUGUGUGUAUUUAUGUUCUAAUGGAUAUAACUGUCCCGUAUUCCAAUUAAAUGUGAAGUGUCACAUUUGUAUGUAUAUAUACAUUUAUUUGGCUUGGUUGGAACCAGCAACAAAAGUAUUUAUUUUAUUCAUUGUGACUUAAAACACAUUACACAUAGAACUAUUCGAAGAUAAUAAAUUUUAUGGUUUAAAAGUUU